AUGCAGAGAGUAGGAAGAGAAGACAGGAAGAAGUAUUUCCUCUUCUACGAUGGCAAGGCCAUCUCCGGGAAGGUGAGCCUCGCACCCGAGAACCCCAAUAAGCGGCUGGAGCACCAGGGCAGCAAGAUGGAAUGCAUUGGGCAGAUUCUCUAUCGUGACCGUAGGGAUCAACACGAAUUUGUAUCCCUGGUGAAGGACUUGGUUUGGCCUGGAGAGAUCACCCGGUCUCAGGCCUUCGACUUUGAAUUUACCCACGGGGAGAGGCCAUAUGAGGCCUACACAGGACAGAAUGUAAAGCUACGCUAUUUCCUUCCGGCCACCAUCAGCGAUGUCGUCAAGGAGACGGGCAUUGUGGCGCACACACUGAACUACCCAGAGCUGAAUUCGCCCAUCAAAAUGGAGGUCGGGAUUGAGGACUGCUUGCAUAUUGAGUUUGAGUACAAUAAAUCCAAAUACUACUUGAAAGAUGUCAUUGUAAGGAAGAUAUACUUCCUGCUGGUGAGACUCAAAACCAAUCACAUGGAGAUAGACCUCAUCAAACGGGAGACAGGCAAUGGCCCCAGUGCUUACCACGAAAAUGAAACAACAGCCAAGUACCAGUCCAGGGAUGGGGCGCUAGGUCGAGGAGAAUCUAUUAGGAUCCGGCUGUUCCUGGCAGGGUACGAGCUCACACCCACGAUGCGGGACAUAAACAAGAAGUUCUCCGUGCGCUAUUACCUCAACCUGGUGCUGAUGGAUGAGGAGGAGCGGCGCUACUUGAAGCAGCCGGAAGUGGCGUUAGGGCGGAAGAGCGACAUUGUACGGAAGGGAGCCAUUGUACGGAAGAGCGCCGUUGUAUGGAAAAGGAUGUCCCACAGGCAGCCAUUGCCUCUCAGCGCUUCAAGGGCACAGCAUCCCUGGGUGAGGUGUGGACACCCAGCUAGCUGUCUGAAAACAACAGCAGACAGUAGGCCGCUGAGCCAAGAAGCUGUGUGGCUUCCCCCCAGCACCCCCAUCUACCAAACACCAGCAGCUGAGGGAGGGGGAAGGACGUGUGAAGCUCAGCUGACCAUUAUUUGCAAUCUGAAAACAGAUCAUGUUUUUUGA